AUGACAGCAGCAGCUCUUUUGCGGGGGAUGUCCCCGUCGCAAUCUGGAAACCUGCCGGAGAAACACCCGAACCCAUUGGAUGGGUUUCUCACCUUUGCAACGCCAUCAAGCACCUGUCACCAACCUUUCUCCGUGGACAUGGCUUUGACUGACAUGGGCGCGCAACCGACGCGCGCGCGGUUUUCUUUUUCCCAGUCUGCCAUUUUUUUACUUUUUCCCACCCUAGCCGCCACUGGACUCAUCACAUUCCCACCGGUCUGGAACCUCCACAACCUCCUUUUUUGCGAUCACAGCGCGUCGCGCCGAGCAAGUCCGGCACGGCGCGCGAUUGCUAACAAGGAAGGGAGUGGAGAAGAUCGUACCUACAUUCUAUCAACGGGCUGGAAAAGGAAGUCUGCCUUGGGAAGCAAACGAGAUAAAGCAAGCCAUGGCAUCUCCAAUGCUCACCCCACGACGCAUGGCGGAGAUGUCAAAUUUGCGAGGAUCAGCAUCUGGACAAAGCGCGACCCCCGGACGACAGGACGAUCCGAGUCUUUAGAUCCCGCUGUCUGA